UUCCUCUUUGUGAUGGAUGUGGUUUAGGUUGAUGAACAGAGACCAGAAAUCCAGCGCUAAAAAAUUUCUCUCUCGCGUCGAAUACUCGGGAAAUCCAUAGAUCAAAAACCCUGAAAGAUUCCAAUCCGAAAGAAGUUCGAGUUCACGGGGAAUUGAUUUUUGAAUAAUUUGUGUUUUGGAUCCAGGUGUUUUUCUUGGAUUUUUCAUCUCUCGCUAUGUUCCAAAACCCUAGUUUCAAUUUGUAGCUCUUGGAUUGAACAAAACCCUAGAAUUUGUUCUGGUGUAACAUCUACAAUCACGUGUUUUAACGAGACGUUCGUUUGUUUUUGGAUGGAUCAUGCUGGAAAUGGAGUUGUGAUUCGUGGAAUGCGCGAUUUUACGGAAUAGUUUGUUUUAUGGGGUUGCGAUUUUAUUGAAACAAGUGGUUAACGUGGGUUGGCGAUUAAUAAUUUUGAGGCGAGGGAGCUUGGAUGAAUGGAGUUUCACUUUUUGAUGGGUUUUGAUGCGCAUUCAGCUGGAUCAAACAUGGAUUGCCUUUGAGUUGGUGUUUUUAAUGGUGUCUGACUUGAAUUAGGCUCGGUGGAAAGAACAAAUUCGAGGAUAAGGCGAUGGAGAGAAGUUCUUAGCGUGUUGCCUACAUUGAAUUAAUUGGUUCUCUCUAAAGAAUGAGUCGGUAUAGCAUCCAAUAAGCGUAGAGCUUGCUUUGCGGCCAUCUUAAGCGGCUUUGUUUAUAAACUUCUCGCUGUUGUUCAAUAAACUGGUUCUGGUGCUGUUGAAGAAUUUUGCAUAUUGAUCGAUUGCUCUGAUUAUCUUUGUUUAGACUAAGCAUAGCAAAAUGAGCCUCAAGAAGGAUGAUUCGAAUUCACACGAUGAACCUGCUGCAGUAAAGCAUGUUUUGCGAAAGAAACCGAAGUUUUCUUACACGAGAGAUUUCCUGUUGUCCCUGAGCGAUUUGGAUGUUUGCAAAAAGUUGCCGAGCGGUUUUGACAAAUCAAUUAUCGCUGAAUUUGAAGAAGCUUCAUAUGAUAGGCAAAGAGUUCCUGGAGCUUUGUCUUUGAAUAGCUUUAGGCGCAAUGAAUAUGGAUCAUCACCACCCAGCAGGGCAGAAACGAGUAAUUAUUCUCGUCGCAUACAUGGAAAGAGGGAAGUUCAUUCUUCUGGACGGAGUGAUAAGGAUAGUGAUUCACAAUCUGAUAGGGAUUCAGUGGAUUCUGGGUGGCGGUAUGGCGAUCAGUCUAGGAGGUCUUCUCAGGGUCCUGAACAUGAUGGACUCCUCGGUAGUGGUUCCUUUCCUAGACCAUCUGGAUUUGCAACAGCAUUUUCGGCACCAAAAGUUCGAGCAAAUGAUCAAUAUCAGCUCAACAGAAGCAACGAGCCAUAUCAUCCACCUCGUCCUUAUAAGGCUGUAGCCCAUCAACGAGGGAAUACUAAUGAUUCAUACAACCAUGAAACUUUUGGUUCUUCUGAGUUCACAAGUGAGGAUAGGGUUGAAGAGGAAAAAAAGAGAAGAGCUUCAUUUGAGUCAAUGAGGAAAGAACAGCAUAAGGCAUUUCAAGAAAGUCACAAGUCAAAUCCUGUGAAGCAGAAAGAUGAGUUUGCCGUCCUAAUGGAGUUGGACGAGUCUAAGGAUGAUGAGAAAUUAUUGAAGACAAGCAGUGGUUUCGAUGAAUCUAUCUCAAUACAAACUUCAAAGAAUGAUCGUGAAAAAUCUUUUACAUCUCAGUCAACUGUAUCUAGGCCACUUGUGCCUCCUGGAUUCGCCACCACUGUGCUGGAGAAAAACUUUGCGACAAGGUCUUCAGUUAAUCCUCAUUUGUCGGAGGGCAAGGAUGACGUUGACAAGUGUCUGCAAACCAAAGAAGAGCAAAUGCACAACGGGAUUAUUGAAAAUUUAGAGGGAAAAGGUUCAUCAGAGCAAAUGGGCCGCACUGAACAAUAUGGAAAAUCCAGCAUUAAUGCUUCUACUAACAACACCGGCGAAAAGAUUAUUGAUCUGUUUUCAGCUGUAGACUCGUCUAAUAAAACAACUGGAAUAGAUAUUCUAUCACACAAGAAACUUUUAGAAGUUUCUGAGAGGAGUGCAGCUGUUGACUUUAAAACCGAGAAGUUACCCGCAAAUACUGCCAUUGGUGAACCAAGCCAAGUUCAUUCAUCUUCCAUCCUAGAAAAACUUUUUGGCAGUGCCAUAAAGUUAGAUGGUGGCGCUACUAAUUUUAUUGAGCAGCAUGACAAUGAGAUGGAUGAUGCAUGUAGCCCCCAAAAUGCUCAAUCAUCUAAAUUUGCUCGCUGGUUCGUGGACAACGAUAGGAAACAGGAAGACAACCCUUCACCUAAAAGGUCAAUUGACUUGCUUACUAUGAUUGUUGGUGGAGAAAAGGGUGGGUAUGAUGUAUCUGAUGUGGAGCAUUCUGAGCAAUCACUGCCUACAGUUGCUUUUCAUGGUUGUGAAUCUGCGGAAAGUUACAUCACAUCAAGUGCAACAUCAUCCAAUGUUGCGAAGCCUGAGCCAUUCCAUAAUAAGAGUAAGCCAGAGGCUGUUUCUGCAAUCCUUACCUGUGAAGACGUUGAACAAACACUGCUGUCAACAGUUAGCGGAAACGAUUCAGCUUUGCAGCCGGCUGAGCAAACAUGUAUUCAUUCUGUUGCUGAUGUAAAACAUCCAUCUGUGAAAAGCGAUGAUCAUGCAUCGCAUCACCUUCUUUCACUGUUACAGAAGGGUUCUAGUCCAUUGACUUCAGAAUAUGGUGAUGAUGGUGCAUAUAUGGGCACUGCAUUUCACAUUAAUAAGGAGGAGAGCACUCACAACAUUUCAAAUCCGGGGAAAACAUUAACUCUCGAAACGCUAUUUGGGUCUGCCUUUAUGAAGGAGCUUCAAUCAGUUGGAGCUCCAGUCUCAGCACAAAGGGGUUCAUCAGGAUCUGUUAAAAGUGAUGCUUCAGAGUCUCAUGGUCCAACCCCAGACGAUGGACUCUUGUCCAACAAUGAAGUUCGGUCCAGUAUGAUUAAUCAUGAUCACGGUGAUCAAAGACAGCAAAACCAACCAGAUAUCGUUCGUGGACAUUGGUUAAAUCUGAACGGCCCUCGACCUGAAUCGGAUUCUUCUCAUCCCCUUGCAAAGUUAGGACAUAGGAUUGGUGGACCGGCUGAAAUGCCCUUUCCCGAAGAGGACAGUUUAAUCAUAAGCGAUUCUAUGAAUUUUCAGAAUCUCAUUUCUAUGGGCAAUUCUGCUAAACCUCAACCACCUUUUUCGCACAACACACAAGACAACAAUGCUGCAAUGCUUAAUGCUGCCUUCAAAGAUGAAAGGCAAAGUAUGGGGGGUCUGGAUGGAUUACCAUUUUCAGCCAAGAGGGAGACUGAAAUGCCACAUCGGAAAGCUCCUGUUCAUUCCUCUUUUUCUCAUCUUCAUCCCCCACAAACAAAUAAUGUCAAGUUGUUUCAUCAAUUUGAAUCUCAUCCUCCUAACAUGAAUUCUCAGGGAGAUUUAAUGUUGGCAGAAGGAAUAGUUCACCAUGACUCGCCAUCUAAUCAUCAAUUUGUAGCAAACAUGCUUCGCCCUCCUACCUCUGGAUUAUCUGGAUUUGAUCAUUCGAUUCAUCACCCAAUGAUGCAGCAGAUGCAAACUUCAGUUAAUCUUCCACCACAGCAUCUAUUACAAGGGUUAUCUAGAGGUGUAGCUCCGCCCAUGGCUAACAGAAGUCUUCCUCUACAUCAUCAGUCCGUCAGAGCUAGUGCAGCACCUCCACAACCCAACCAUCAGGUUACUAGUUUGGUGGACGAACUCAAUUCAAUGCAAGGAUUUCAUAUCGGUCAGCGUAUCCCUAAUAUUGGUGGCCCCAGGAUGCCCUCGCCAGCUCCUGGUAACCAACCGGACGCAAUUCAGAGGCUUAUCCAAAUGGGACAUAGAUCAAACUCGAAGCAAAUUCAUCCUCUUUCAGCCAGUGGUGGCCAUGGUCAGGGGAUAUACGGUCACGAGUUGAACAUGGGUUACGGGUACAGGUAAAUUGUAACACUGUACUUCAAGCAUACCUUGCCCAAAUCCUCAAUUCCUUUGAUAGAGAAUGGACACAAUUUGCACCUCUUAGUUGAGAAUUGAGUGAGAAAUGUAAGUAAAGAAUCCUUCUUUCUUAUGGCUGGCUGUUUUGUUGAUUUGUCUUUCGCUUAUUUUCCCCCAACGGUUUCUAACACGGUCUAUUCAUCCCUGGAAUUGAAUGCCUCUUUCAAGAAA